GUCAGGAGCCACGUCGUCUGCGACGAGUCAGACGUCGUGCACGAGGCCUCCCAGCGCAGCCGGGCGCCGCCCUGCGACUCCGUGCGGGAGGGCCCCUUCUGUGCGCGGCUGCUCGCGGAGCGGCCCGAGCUGGCGCGCCGGCAGAGGAUGCCCAUGGUGGUGGACGGGGUCACGCCGUGGAACCUCUUCCCGGAGCUCGCCCGCGUGGACCUGGCCAAGGAGGCCGCCGUCCUGGAGCGCCGCCCCGGGUCGCAGGUCACCGCGAAGGGCGCAGUGAAGACGCAGAAGGCGGUCAUAGAGACCUUGAACUUCUUCAUGGGCCACUGGCCGCGCGUGGGGCCGAAGGGCGAGACAUUGUCCACGCAGGUGCACGGCAGAGCCCCCGCCUCCGAGGGCCGCGUCGACUUUGGCCGCGUGCCGAUCCGGCGGUCCACCGUCCUGCCCAGGACCUUCUCGAGGGGGCUGCCGGCUGGCGUCCUGGCGUCCUGGGACGGCGCGUGGCAGGUGGAUGCCGCUCCCGGGCCGCGGCGCUCCGCCGCCUGCGCCCGGCUGAACGGCGCCCUCGGCCACCUGCGCUUCUCCCGGCCUGUGGUGCUCCGCAGCCUCGCGGUCAGGCCGCCGCUGCAGGCAGCCGAGGGCCACCACAGGCUGACCGUGCGGGCGCGCCUGCACGGCAGGGAGGUCUGGCGCAGCACCUACGACUUCGACGCGGAGGCGGGGCCGGCGCCGGCCCGCGCUUGCAGCCCAGGCGACGUAGUGAAGGCCAGGUGGGCGGGCGACGGGCGCGUCGCCGGCGCGGUGGUGCUGAGCGCCCACCGCGGCGUGGCCGUUGUGCGGUGGCGCGAUGACGACCACACGCACCGGGUCGUGCCGUGGAGGAGCAUGACCACCACCGACGGAUCGCCGUGCCCCCUGCCAGAAGAGCCCUGGCCUCGGGCAGGUCCUGGCGCGGGCGCCGCCGCCGCCGGCGCGGCCCAGGCUUGGUGGCGGGACCUCGCCCGGCGCACGAUGCACGUGGACGAGGUGUCGUUCCUGGUGCCGCACGGGGACAAUGGCUGGCUGCUCGGGGACGUGCAGGUCGCCGCCACCAGGUGGCUGCCCGACGAGGCGACCUCGUCGCCAGAGGCGGACUCCACGACGUACGUGGUGCAGGUGCUCCCGGGCUCGUUCACAGUCAUUUCGGAGGUGUCCCUGGCGGCCGUCGUGUAUCACGCCGACGAGAUGUUGGAUCUGGGCCUGGAGCUCCGACAGAAGGGCCCCGGCGAGCGCGGCCGCGCGGGCGGCACGGAGCCGGGCGGGGCGGCCGCCCCCGCGGGGCACGCGAGCGCGAGCCGCAGCGUGGAGGGCGUGCACCAGGUGCUGCGGGCGUUGAUGGACCCGGGUGGCGGCCCGCCCCUGAGGCUGCCUCCGCACCUGCAGCCCGACGAGCUCCUGGCAGACGUCGAGCGCCUCGUGAAGUCUCUGGACGUUGCGGGCCUGGAGGAGGAGGCUGCCUCGUCCACCGAGCAGACGGAAGACCCCGUGAAGAGGUACGGCCACUUCGAGGCGCUCUUCACCUACAACUGGGACUGGCAGGUGCGAGUGGACGCACUGGAGCUCACUUACGAGAGUUGGCGGCGGAGCGCGGCGGCCCAGCGGGAGGCUCAAGGCGCCUUCUUCGAGGGGCAGCGCUGGGCCGGGUCCUACCUGUGCACUCAGGGGCCGACGCAGCUGCGCCUCGAGGUGACGAGCGUCACCAGCGUUGAGGGCCAGGACGUCGUUCGGGCCGACAUGGAGUUCAAGUUCCAGAACGACAACCUCGACGUGAUCAGGGGUCUCUACGAGGUGGCCGGCAGGGUCGAGCUGCAGGGCCGCUCCCUCGUGCUCGAGCCGGCGGCGUGGAAGCAGAGGCCGAAGAAGAACCCCAACAGCUUCAUCAUGGUGGGGCUGCAGGGCGUCGUGUCGCGCACGGAGGCCGCGGGCGAGCUGCGCUUUGCCGGCUCGGUGCCCAGCUUCGGGUGCGACAGCUUCGAGCUGAGGUCCCGAGCGCGACCCGAGGCGGAGGACGAGGACGCUGCCUGUCCCGCCGGCGCCGCCGAGCCCGGCGCCUGCGGGCCCCAGGACGAGGCCGCGGCGCCGGCGCCGGAGGAGACAUCGAAGGUGGCGCCGAUGGACCACCGCACCGUCGCUUGGAACAGCGCUCUUGCGAGGCUGAGCCAGGCCCUCGCCCGGGCCCGGCGCGGCUGGCAGCGGAGGCUCGCGGAGCUGACGCAGCAGGCCGACGAGAAGAGCGAGGCUGGCGCCGCGAGCCACGUCUCGAUCGCCUCGGCCGCUGUGGCCGCCCUCGCCAAGGCCGGUGGCGGCAGGUGACCUCGUCAGGCCCCAUUGGCCAGCGGCGCCUGGAAAAGGUUUGGGCCUCCCACAUGGGGUCCGAUCGGCGGCGAAAUCCGAACCGCACCCUCGCCCAGCAACGAUUCAG